AUGGAGACAAUGGUACGAAAACACCAAGUGUGGAAUCUUUACGAAAGUCCAUUAGACAAGUAUCAUCCUGUGGAUCUUCUUGAAUCAAGUCCAAAGAGCAGCAAAUUUUCUGGAGCGAGCACACUUUCUUUACAAGCACGUAGUAAAAUUAAGAGCAAAAUCAAUCUCGAUGAUCUUCUUGUGUUUGAAAUUCCACCACUUCACAUGUCAAUGUCUAAGAAAAGCAGUAAAGCUGCAUUAGCAUUAAGUUCUGUGGGCGUCGGUAAUGUACGUAAAUUAGAUACAGCACUCUUUCUGGUGGAAUAUCAAGGAUAUCAAGUUGUAAUUCAAGCACUUAUGCGAUCAAAGAAACGUCUGGAACAAUAUUCUGUGGAGCAAAUUUGUCUUGCUGCAUCACUUGAUCAUGCAUCUUAUCGUUCACUUUAUUGGUGUCACCACUGGCUGUAG